CCACUACUACCAAGCUAAACCAUGAGCCAAGGCCAACCACGGCGAGGCGAGAUCUCAAUCGGAGGCCAGGAGCCGAUCAAGUACGGCGAUGUCUUCGAAGUGAGCGGGGAGCUGGCUGGAGAGGUCGUGAAGCCGGAGGAUGCGGCGAUGAUGCAAGCCGCCGAGACGGUGGGCUUAGGGCACACUCAGCCUGGAGGACCAGCAGCAGUGAUGCAAUCGGCUGCUAAGGAGAACGAGCUCGCCGGGAUCGUCUCUCACGAUGAAGCCAGUGAUCUCACUGCUCAGCUCGGCGUCUCCGUCACCGAUUCUCACCUCCCUGGCCUUCACCAAGUCACCGAGUCCGUCGCCGCCCAGGUGGUGGCACAAUAUCCAUCACCAGCGCCACCAUCACCACCAGCAGGAGGAGCUCCAAGGACAAACAUUAGAGAUGUGAUCUCAAUUGGAGAGGCAUUGGAGGCAGUUGCAUUUACAGCCGGCGACAAGCCGGUGUCGAGGAGUGACGCAGCUGCCAUUCAGGCCGCCGAGGCUAGAGUCACAGGCGGCACUGUUGCAGCUUCCGGUGGACUUGCCGCAGAAGCUCAGGCAGCUGCAUCUGCUAAUGAGUUGACCAUGAGCAAUGAAAACAAGAUCACUCUCUCUGAUGUUUUAUCAGAUGCUAGUAGGAAGCUGGUGGGGGGAGAUAAGGAAGCAACAAGGGAGGAUGCAGAGAGAGUGGUAGGAGCUGAGAUGAGGAACAAUCCGGCCAUGGUCACCCACCCUGGUGGUGUUGUUGACGUUAAGCCGCUGAUGUGAUCGAAGCAUGGAGUUGAGUUGCCGGGUGUUCAAUCCUAGAAGAAUGGUGUACCUCUCUGCUGAAGCAUGGAUGAAGCUCACCAAGCAUGGUGUGAAGAAUGGGGAGCUUGACUGAAGUUCAGACGUCUGACUGAUGAAAAGAGAAUGCUUUUGUUAUGAAUAUAAUAUAGUAUCCUGUUUAAGGUUUUGGACCAAUUAGUGUUAAGUUAGUGGAUGAUGCUGGCCAAUGAGAAGCUAGUUAAGUGAUUAACCUUUCUGUGUUUUUCUUUUCAAUAUAUAAUGUUAGUGGAGAAGACCAAGAUUGUA